AGUAUGUACUGUACCUGAUACUGUAUACACUACAUGGAUGCCAUCGUAAAUGAGUGAGCUCUCACAAACGCGACUCGAGCUGUAGCCGUGAUAACGAGGUACUAGACAGCAUCACGCACCUACGCCAUUGAACGUACCUAGGCAGGCGCAGAACUCCUUUUGGAGCACUCGAAGAUGCCAUGGCCGUUCAGUUCUUCCAGCUCGGCAGGCUCCCCCACACCUAGCCAGAAGGAAGAUGGCGCGCGCUCCAAGCCCACAUCGUGGAACGAUCUCCUCCCAAAGCCUGAUCCUCCACUACACGCCGCAAAGGAGUGGGCUCCUGUUUUCCUAACGUCGGUCGCAUCACUAGCAGCCUUCAUCUUCUACCAGUCCCGUUUGCGGAGGUUCCCUACUGCAGGCCAUAUCCAGCCCGACCUAUUCAGGAAACGAACGCUGCUAGGCCGAGUCACCAGCGUGGGAGAUGGCGACAACUUCCACAUGUUUCAUACACCGGGGGGAAGGCUGGCAGGCUGGGAUUGGCUGAGGAAGGUCCCCACAGCCAAAACCGUACUGAAAGGGAAAACUAUACCUGUACGGAUGGCUGGAAUCGACGCUCCUGAGGGCGCGCAUUUUGGUCGACCGGGCCAACCCGGGGCCGCGGAAGCAUUACAAUGGCUAAGGAGCUACAUCCUCGACAAACGCAUUUGGGUUCGCAUUCAUAGGCGUGAUCAGUAUGGCCGUAUCGUUGCGACAGUAUAUGUUAGACGAUUUCUCUUCAAGAAAGAUGUCGGCCUAGAAAUGCUAAAGCUUGGCUUGGCAACGACAUAUGAGGCGAAGUCGGGGGUCGAGUGGGGAGGGGCCGAGGAGGCGUAUAAAGCGGCAGAGGCCAAAGCUAAGAGUAAAAGGCUGGGUAUAUGGAAUGGUGAAGCGAGCAACUUUGAAAGCCCUAGGGCCUAUAAGACGAGGACCAACGAGGCAGAAGGCAAGAAGUCUGACUGGUUCUCUGGUUGGUUGUAAGAUGGGUACCAACUGAGGCGUACCCUUACCUAAUCCGAACACAGCUGUCGAAAUGAGAAACGGUUACAUAAGACGAUUUUACUCAUACUUGCGAGAACCUACAUGAGAUAUUAUAGGGAACUGAUGCAUCGUGAACCAAGACAUGAGUGAGAAGGACAUGGUUUACAUGAGCUCGUUAGGG